AUGAGGUUACACUUGUUUCAUCUUUCUACAUGGCACUACGUCCUUACCGUUGAAUAUCAAGGUGUAUGGGACUCACUGCCUGGUACGAUGCAUCUUUGUACAGUUUUGCAGAGGGACACGGUCAUUACACAACAAGGUUCAGUAGGUGCUCCCGCCUUCACAUUUGCCACCGUCUACACUGAACGAAGCGUUGCUCUAGUUGUCUCCAGAUUGUCUGUAGUUUACUAUGACAAGGCACUCUCUAAGUACAUCAGUGAUCUCGAUAUAACUGCUUUAGAUAUUCUCGCCCUGAUGCUAACCAGUAAUGAUGAUUAUGAGCGUGUAGCAUUAGAAAGUUACAAGCAGAUAAAACUAAAACGAUACCGCUAUGCCGGACCUGUUCUGCAAAACGAAUAUUCCACUAUAGUGUUGCACAAUAUCAUUCAUGCUCAAAAGUCAAUAUCGUAUCUUCUUAAUAGGCAACUGCUUCCAGUCUCUUUGGCAACUGACAUAUUCAAGAUAUUAAAAAGUGUUGAGGCCUCUAGAAUCCGCGAUAGACUUAAAAGCGAUUUCCAGAAGACAUCACAAAUACUACUGCGUCUAUCCAGCUAUUUUAGUGAUAUGGAGUUACUGUUAAUUAGUCAUGAGCCCUAUUCUUCUCGUCUCUCAGAUAAGGAUGCUUCAUUUAUAAUAAGGACAACAAACCCUUAUUUCUCCAUUGUUCACGUUCCUAGAGGGCUCGCUCAGAUUGCUACGCCAACACCUGCACAACUCACAUCACUAUUGAACGCCUUUUCUCCCUCUGAACAGGCUAAGAUUGUUAUGGAAUCCGGAUGUACAUUAUCUGUUCAGAUUUUGUCUAAUAGCACUGCUGAUGCCCUCAAUCAAGAAUAUCCCCACACACUUGCAUAUCUUAUGCGGCACUAUUUUUUUCUUCCAACACUCGUCCCCUUACUCCUCCCGUUUUAUAAUAUCAACAGGAUAUUCCCCGUGCUGACAGAUCCACACCUCUCUUACCUACAUUCGCAAUCACCUGAUUCUGUUGAUGCUACUAUCUUCUCUGAUGAACCAGCAACCUGUACAUCGCCCCUCUCAUUAAAGCCUUCAAUAUAUAUCGAACUGGCGAGGCGCUACGAUCUUCGCAGUCCAAAUGACAAGUCAGUAUGGCUGACACUAGAAGUUUCUCAGCCCCUUUCUCGGGUAGGGUACAUGUAUGCUCCUUAUGUGAUUCUCUCUACUGCGUUCUCGACCCAUACACUGCACCCAGAUGAUUGUAAGAUAAUCUUUGACAGGGUGAAAACGUUCGAAGAGCAGCAAACGCUGUAUUUUUGUCAGGGCCGCCUAGCAACUGAGAUAUCCUCUUCAGGAGUCGUUCUUAGCGAUAUUGGUAUGUUAAAGCACACUGUUCUCAAUCCUAUCAAUAAAUCCAUGGCUUCAAGUGACAUGGGUGCGUAUAGUUUGGCGGACGCCGUGGUUCCCAUAUUCAACCAGUCUCCGGUUGAUGGAUCGGCGUCUGCCGGGUACUUUAGUCGCGAGGAGUUCUCAGAGGUGCUGUCCCUGUUUUCCAACAAAGUGAGUGCAUUAGAGCAACAGCUAGCUGUUAUCCAUGCUGUAUAUGAAGACCUUUACCUGGCUAUUACAGCCGGUCCUCCUGCACAUCUCACAAAUGAUUCUAAUAUCUUCUACUGCUUGUCAUGCGAAGACAGCUGGAGAGCAUACCGGCUUGACUGCUUUAAAUAUUGGCAGGGCGUUGCACCGUGUAUAGAUAACGGAGCGGCAAAGGCUUUGGAUAGUUGCAGAGUGCUGUUAGAAACCGACACAGAGCUUUGCUCUUAUCAUCCAGCGAAGGCCUUGUCUGAUAAGCCUGUCCAACUAUCUAAAAAGGACCUGAGGCAAUACACUGCUACUCAAGUCAAUCCUUUGCCUCUUUGUAGUCUCAUGAAGCGACCCAUCCUUAUUGAUAAGAGAUGGGCUCUGCAGCAACAAGUGAUUCUAUACGUUUCCGGAAUGGAAAAGCGCUUUGCGUUAUCAACAGGCCAGAUCUAUUUCUCUAUUCGACUUCACUAUCCCCAGCUGAAUCUCUAUAUUAUUAGGAUAGAAACGGCACGAAUACUUACAUGUGGGCAGUUUAUUGCCGCUCUUGUGCUUAUAGAGGAUAUCAAUCUCAGUCUUAGCGACUAUUUGAACUAUCUGUCUGAUUCCAUUGUAUUUACGCAUGCACCACCGGCUUCUACCCUUCCAUCAACCAGCGUCUAUCAUUGUUUGUUUACUUUUAGCUUGGAUGGGGCCUUCAUUGGAAUCCAGCCUUUGCUGCUGGGAGGACUGGGUCGUUAUUAUCGAUCGGACGAUGCUGAUGCUUUUACCGUUCGUACUCUGGGCAUUCCUACAAGGAGUCAAACAAAGCCUGCCUCUAAGGUGGCCACGGCUUCAUUUGAUAGCACUUUUCCAGUGUAUACAGGGCCUCUGGUAGCAUCUCUAUAUACACGCAUAUUAAGUGACGUUGCAAGCCUUGCUGUCUCUGUCUCUUCUAGCGUUUAUAUUUGCCUUCAUAAUUUGCAUUUAGUUUUACAUCUAGACGUCCUAACAGGAGAAAAGACGUUGAUGGGAUGUAUGCAAUCUCUCGUCCAUCCGUACAGCACUCGAUUUGUGGUAUCUUCAAGUGCUUCAUUGCCAAUCUUUAUGGACAUGAAGCUGCAGUCCAUAUUGCUCCCAGCAUCUGCAUCGAGCCUAGUGGGAGAGUUGCUUUCUGACUAUACUGACACAGAGGUUGUUGACAUUCUCCAGAAGGAUCAUACUAUUGACACAGGGCCAGCAGCUUCCAUUGCCACAUAUGCAUUAGAGGAGUCAGACGAGAUUCGGACUCCAGGCUACUGCACAGAUACAUCUGAAGGCGAAGUCGAUAGUAAAAGGAAGGGCUCUCCUACAAAUCCCCAGACUAAGCUCGACAUGCGGUUUUCUCUCUUACUGAGUGACAACGGUAGACAGUUCCUUAGGCCACGUCUAUUCAAGCCAAACAGAUUGUCCAUUACUUACUAUUCCAAAAAGCAUGGUGUUUCUUUAAUCUUUGACGACACUAUCAUGCACUUUCCACACUAUCCGGUAGCAAUUUCUCGUUUCCAUCUUAAAGAUACACACCUGAUUGCCGUCAUUGGCCAGGGCAGAAAUAAAAAUUACUGGGGAGUUACAUUUACCGAGUGUACCUUUGGAGGCUCGUGUUCCCUUGUGCGACAAAUGGUAGUUGACUUGGGGGUUCCGUAUAUCUGCGAAUCUCACCCCGUCCUCAACACCACCACCUCCCAAGCUCCACCUUCGUCCACUGGCAAAAUUAGUACAGCAUCCAUAUCGUGCACCGGAGAUUCUCUAAUAUUUACUGUCCCUACAAAGUCUUUAAUGCCAGGAAAUUCCGGACAGAUGAUCCCUGCGACUAGGCUCGUUGAAGUAGGAUUUUACACGGAGCUCCGACAGGUAGCUGAGAUUGCUGGUGUCUAUCGCACGCACACACCAUUUAGGAUUGUCAAUUAUCAGAUACGACCUGUUGAGGGCUGCUUAGGAACAUAG